AUGGAACGUGUUGGUCCAGCAGCUUACAGGUCAGCUUUACCCUCAGAGUUAGCUCGUAUCCAUGAUGUUUUCCACGUGUCGAUGUUGAGGAAGUAUGUGUCAGAUCCUACUCAUAUAUUGUCAGAACAGCUAAUGCAAGUAAAAGAAAAUUUGUCAUAUGAGGAAGAACCAGUAAAGAUUCUUGAUAGAAAAGAGCAAGUGCUGAGAAAUAAGAAGAUACCUUUAAUAAAGGUUUUAUGGAGGAAUUAUGGCCUUGAGGAAACUACAUGGGAAGCCGAAGAGCAAAUGAGAAGUAGAUAUCCCCAAUUAUUCAGUUGA